GGAAGAAAUUCUACCUUCGUACCGCUAUAUACGUAACUCUAAUCUCUGCUACAUUCGACGCAUAAUUGCUCAAACCUAUAGACUGCGAGCAAAAAUUAUCACUGCCCUUGGAAAAUGACUAACAUAAGUUCCUCAAGCCAAAAACAUGUUGCGGUUCUUGCAUUCCCCUUUGCGACUCAUGCAGGCCUUCUCCUAGGACUCAUAAGUAGGCUAGCAAAAGCUGCCCCAAAUGUAACGUUUUCCUUUUUCAGCACAGCCAAAUCCAAUGCUUCCCUAUUCUCAUCAUCAUCAAACAUUGGUGAUGAUAACGUUAAGGCCUAUGAUGUCCCGAAUGGGGUGCCUGAUGGCUAUGUUUUCGCUGGCAGGCCAAUGGAGGAUAUUGAUCUUUUCUUGAAAGUGGCACCGGAGAAUUUUAGGAGAGCUGUGGAGGCAGCUGAACGGGACACUGGAAGGAGGGUCAGCUGCGUGGUAGCGGAUGCUUUUCUCUGGUUUUCCUGUGAGAUCGCGGAGGCAAACGGGGUUUCUUGGGUGCCCGUUUGGACAUCUGCAGCAGGGUCUCUGUCCAUUCAUUUCUACACGGAACUCAUCAGGCAAACUCUUGGCACUGGAAAUGGCAUAGCUGGACGUGAAGAUGAACUUGUUAAAUUCAUUCCUGGAUUUUCUGAAGUUCGGCUUGGCGAUUUGCCUAGUGGAGUAGUCUGUGGGGACAUGGAAUCCCCAUUCUCAGUCAUGCUCUAUAAGAUGGGACAAAUCCUACCCCGAGCAAAUGCUUUGCCAAUUAACUCCUUCGAAGAAUUAGACCCCCCAGUCAUUGAAGAUCUAAAAUCCAAGUUCAAGAAUGUCCUCAAUGUUGGCCCCUUCAACUUGACAUCUCCACCUCCAUUGGCUAAUAUCUCGGACGUGCACGGCUGCAUUCCAUGGCUAGACAAGCAAAAACUAGGAUCUGUCGUAUACAUUGGCUUUGGAACAAUGGCAACUCCUCCGGCCCACGAGCUAAAAGCAUUGGCUGAAGCAUUAGAAGCAAGUAAUACUCCAUUUCUUUGGUCGCUUAAGGACAAUUUUAAGUCCAAUUUGCCAGAUGGAUUCUUGGAAAGGACAAAUGUCAUUGGGAAAAUUGUACCAUGGGCUCCUCAGGUGCAAGUUUUAGCUCAUCAUUCCAUUGGAGCUUUUGUAAAUCACUCUGGAUGGAAUUCAGUGGUGGAAAGUAUAGCUGCUGGUGUUCCAAUUAUUUGUAGGCCAUUUUUUGGUGAUCAUCAGUUGAAUUCUUGGAUGGUGGAAAAGAUUUGGAAAAUCGGGGUGAGAAUCGAAGGUGGUUCGUUUACAAAAGAUGCAACAGCUCUAGCUCUUGAACUAGUUUUGUCAAGUGCAAAAGGGAAGAAGUUGAAGGAACACAUUUUAACCUACAAAGAGCUUGCUCUGAAGGCUGUAGGACCAAAUGGGAGAUCUACUAAGAAUUUCGAAAUUUUGGUAGAGAUGAUCACCAAUUGACUAAACCCUUGAGCUAUGAAGGUAAGGAAGUUGGUGGGGAGUCCGGGAGUUUUCGUUUAGGAAAUUGAGGGACAUGUAUUAAAGUUUUUCGUACAAUAGUUUCUGCUAAGAUGUUGUGUUUAAUUCCGGGGAUUGCUCUAGCUAUGUCCAUCUUCAAUAAUUGCUGGUGAUGAAGUUUGUAUAUACUGCUGUACUAAUAAAAUGAUUAAUCUUGUAUUAUUGGAUAUUGGAACAUAAAA